GCCUCUGAAUGCUGAGCGCAGAAUGUAUUCCGAGAUGUAUACAGUCAGGGCAGAUAGUUGCGGAGGUGUGUCCGAGAACGGUCUGGUGUGCCUGCCGGGCCUGAAGGGCCUCACGAGAGAGGCGAGGCUGGAGGCAUUGAGGGCCAUCACCACCGGCCCUUUCUUGCCCAAAGUUGACGCCGAUGGCUACAUCCGCUCCGACUUCUGGGUCGACCUCAGCCCUGACGGCACCGACUCCACCACCAGCGGCGGGGACGCCGCCGGGGAAAACAUUCGCCCCAUCGAUAGCGACACGGUGAGAGAAGCAGAAAUGCCACACCAGCGGGCCGCCUGGCGUGGGUGACCCCUUCCCUUUCUGCUGAUCCUCUCUCCUCUCUCUGUCCCCUUCAGGUAGAGUUGCUUACCAAGUUUUUGCAUGCGGACUGGCGCCGGCUGGCUCAGCGGCUCAUCGACCUGCACACAGGCACGCUGCAGAGCGUGCUGCAGCGUGACUGGGAAGCGCACUGCGCCGAGCGGUGGGCGUCCAUGACGGCGGACGAGCGCAAGCGACUGGGCGUCGAGAAGAACCCUCAGGAGAUCUGGCUUAAGAGCCGCCGUGGCAUCAGUCGCGCAGGUGAGCAGAGACAAGCAAAGGACGAGGCACAACUCAUCGCUCGAACAAACAAAACCGUUGUGUGGUGGUCUCUCUCUCACUCUCUCUGUGUGUGUGUCAGUUCGCAUUGGUUGGAUUCCGGUGACGAGCAUUUUCUACGCGUUGCCGCAUAGAGUGGUUGAGGAGGCGGCGCAGCGCCACUGUCCCAUCCCCAUGGAGGAGCUCGUGCUAGCAUACCUGCCCAAAGGACAGUACUCAUCGCUCGCACUCGUCUGCCGGUGAGGCUGUGAGACGACCAGCAAGGGAUGGAGGGAGGAUGGGACACAGAGGAAUGCCGAGGGGGGCAGAUUCUGUCUGUCUGUCUGUGUCUGUGUGUGUUGUGUAUGUAUGGCCAGUGCGUUUGACUCCGCCGUGCGGCAGCCCAACCUGUUUGCCGAUCCUCUGUUUUUGCUCUCCCCGACACACUCACUCAGCGAGAACACCACCAUCCUGGAGAAGAUGGCCCGGCUGCCCGACGACGGAGUUGGAUUCCUGGUGAGUGAGAGGCUAUACACACAUGUCAGUCAGCCAACGACUUGCCUGCACAUUCAUCCCUCUGUUUGUUGUGUAUGGUGUGUGUCCUACUAGGCGUUUGGUGAGGUGUGCGCGCGUUUCCAGCUGCCCCGGUUCGGCCGCUCGCUGACCCCGGUAGGCCCUGGAACCAGAGAAAGACCACACUGAUGGCUGACCUGCAUUGCGUACUCAUCCCUCUGAUGUGUGUCUGGUACCACCUAGGCCUUCUACACGCUGUGGAGCAACCUGCCGGCCACCCACAUCAUCAAGAAGGACGCGCGACUCAAGAAACUCAUCUUGAUCCACGCCCCCCGCAUCACCAUCAAGAUCAAGACACCCCAGCAGCAGAACCAGAACCAGCCCCCACCCGCCAUCCCCGCACCGCCCAACGCAGCGGCACCAGCAGCUGCUGCAGCUGCUGCUGGUGGUGCUGUCCCGGCCCUGCCGCCGCCACCCGUCCCGGGGGUGGCGCAGGACGACGACGAUGACGAGGGUGUGGGGCCGGGGGGGUGCCUCCGUAGGAGCACCAGCGCCGACAGGAUGCCCAGGGCGGGCAGACGGGGCGGCAGCACGGCGGCGGGCACACAGGAGACGGGCGGCGCAUUGUCGCGCCUGUCGGGCAUGCUCCGCCGCUACAUCGGGCGAUACCGCACCACUGACGACCUCUGAGUGAGACAGAGGGAGACAGCGCAGUGAGUGAGUUGGAGGAUAGAAGCAAGUAGGGGCAGGAACCGCUGGCCGGCGGGCUGGUUGGCUGGCUGGCUGGCUGGGGGCAGUGAGUGAG